CUCCGACUCAACUCUCUAGCGCUCUCCCUUUGCGGAAUAUCUUCAUCAUCUUCAUCAUGACUCUUGAGGAGGUUCUCAUCCAGAAACCCACCGAACGUGCUCAGUGCACCGGUCAAGCCCUGGAGGAGGUCCUGGUGUCUGCUAAAGACAACGACUCCAUCACCGUCGGUGUCUACGAGUCUGCCAAAGUUAUGAAUCUUGACCCGGACAGCGUGUCUUUCUGCGUCCUGGCCAUGGACGAGGAGUUCGAGUGUGACAUCGCUCUGCAGAUCCACUUCACCCUCAUCCAGUCCUUCUGCUUUGACAACGACAUCAGCAUCGUCAGAGUGAGCGACAUGCAGCGUCUGGCUGAGAUUGUUGGCGACAAGACAGAGCAGCUUGAAGACGCCCACUGCGUCCUCAUCACGAACCCAGCUGAUGGGUCUUGGGAGGACCCUGCUCUGGAGAAGCUGCACCUGUUUUGUGAGGAGAGCCGCCGUCUGAACGACUGGGUUCCUGAGAUCAGCCUCCCCGAGCGCUGAUCCGGGACUCGGCUCCUCUCUUGCUCAGAUGCUGUGAAGCUUCUUAUCUGGAAAUACUCAUCCUGAUGAACAGGAUGACCCUGUUUCUGCUCAUCCCUGGACACUCCUGAGGAGGAUUCCCGUCCAGGCAGCACGGCGCCGGCCCGAGCGGCCCCCGUGAACCGUCGCCUCUUGUCCCGUCCAUGCCAAGAUGACUCUCAUUCUUUAUGUGAAUGAGGUCAGGUAUGCCACAAGAGCGACACAUCGACCCUCAUUCUUUGUGCGGAUGAGGUUUGGAGAGGAAGGAGAAGCGAGUUCUGCGUCCUGUGGUUCCACAGAGCAAAUGUCGCAUCUUGAAGCACGCGCAGCAGGAGAAGAAGCGGUGCUGAGAAAGAGGCGCUCUUAAAAAGGGACUUUUUAAAGACGUCCUCUUUGCUGAGCAACAUGACAGCAGUUGCAAUCAGCGGAAAUGUUUCCCACUUUCCAGAAUUGUCUUAAUUCUCUAAAGGUUUCACUUUAGAAAUUUAACAAUGACAAAAAAAAUCUUUUAAAAAGUAUUGGAAAUAAAUGCUAUCUAAAGGUUUCACUUUAGAUAUUUAACGACAAAAAUAUUCUAAAAAAAAAAAGUCUAUUGUCUUUCACUUUAGAAAAUGGCUAAAUUAAGUUAUAAAUGCUGAGAAUUUGUAAGAUUAUCUGAUAGAUUUCCAACAUGUACUGAACACACACAUGAUAACUGAAAUAUUUGACUGAAGAUGUUGUGAUCCUGUUGGAACAAUG